AUGGCACCGGUACAACCCUCGCAAGAUAGCCUGGACCGGCGGAAGGUCGUCGGCAUCAACGCUGAGACAGUCACGAACAUCACUUCCACUGACUUUCCUGGGCAUCAUGCAGGCGAAGAUCUUUCAUGGUCCCUUGACAAGUUCGCGAACAACCUGAAGAUCCAGUUCCACCAAAAUGAAGAGUUGGAAGCCACAUUCUCGCUGGUUGGCGUCGACGCUGCGGUUGCAAACGCCUUCCGCCGCAUCCUCAUCGCCGAGGUCCCGACCUUGGCCAUCGAAAAAGUCUACGUCUCAAACAACACCUCCGUGAUAGCUGAUGAAGUCCUUGCACACCGUUUGGGUCUCAUUCCGUUGAAAGGAAGUAUAUCGGGUUUAAAAUGGCUGAAGUGGUAUAUACAAGCCAAUCCCGAGUAUGGCAUUGAAGGCAUGGAAUUAUCGGAUUACAACACCAUUGUUCUCAAGUUGAACGUGCGAUGCGAGCGCAACCCGAACGCCGACAAGAAUGCGACAGAACCUGAAGAGAAAUACAUCAACAGCAGUGUCUAUUCGCGGCACAUCGUUUGGGAUCCCAUGGGACAGCAUAGCGAGCGUUUCGCCGAUGGAGAAGUUAAGCCAGUCAGCCCCGACAUUCUGAUCGCCAAAUUGCGUCCUGGUCAGGAACUUGACAUGACCCUUCAUGCGCAUCUGGGUAAAGGGGGCGACCAUGCAAAAUUUAGUCCGGUGGCGACAGCAACGUACCGACUGCUCCCGACGAUUACCAUCACCAAACCAAUUCUGGGCGCCGAUGCUCUUAAGUUCCAGAAGUGUUUUCCGCCAGGCGUGAUUGGUAUUGAGCGAGUUACACCAACGGAGAGCGCCUCUGAUAAUCCUGAUUACAAGGGUCGGGAGGGUGACGAGAAGGCAGUCGUCAAGGACCCCAUGCGCGACACCGUGUCCCGCGAGUGCCUACGCCAUGACGAAUUCAAAAACAAAGUCAAACUAGGUCGUGUUCAGGAUCAUUUCAUCUUUAAUGUCGAGAGCACAGGACAGUUUCCGAGUGAUAUGUUAUUCUUAGACGCCGUGAGCGUGCUCAAAUACAAGGCAAAGAGAUUACUUCGAGCAGUCGAUGCGUUGGAAAAGUGA